AUGACAACGACUGCGAACCGAGACCAUUUCUUCCAGACCUCUGCUGCCUUGGAUGAGCAGCAGAGGAAAGAAGCCAAGUCUCAGAAUGAAAAUGGCAAUCCCAUCAAGUUGCAGAGCAAGAUCCUAGCUGUCUUCUCAGACCCUUGGAAUCAGGGAUCAGUCUACGUUGCCCAAAGUAGUGGCGUGGUGAGAAGGGUGGUCCUAGCGACUGGUGAGACUGCAGCCCUCUUCAAGGGCCCCGAAGCUCCGUUGACAAGCCUAUGUCUCAGCCCUGACGGCAAACUGCUGUUUGCCGGCUGCUGGGAUAAGACCAUCUGGAGCUGGGAUGUGGCCUCCCGACAGCCUCGACAGAAGUACGAAGGACACAGUGACUUUGUGAAAUCUGUGAUUAGUGCGCGACUUCAAGGUCAAGAUGUCCUAAUUUCCGGGGGUGCGGAUGCCAAAGUGCUUGUCUUCAACAUUGCCAGCGGCGAGCGGAUUGAGACAUUUAAAAGCCACCUCCGCGGUAUUCUGGACCUUUCUCUUGACCCCGAGACGGAGGAUAGUCAGGCGACUGUAUUCAGCGCCGGAAGUGACCGAGAGAUCCGUCAGUUCAAGCUCAUUGGUGGAGGUGACGACGUCGAGCCCCUUCUUCCACAUGAAACCAGUGUGAACAAGCUCUUCUUUGAUGCGGAUGGUGAUAUGUGGACAGCAUCCGCUGACAAGACUGCGAAAUGCCUGGUGCGCGCCGAUGGUUGGAAAGCCAAUCUCAGUUUGGAUCAUCCUGAUUUCGUGCGAGACAUUCUUGUCGAUGAGGCUGGAGGCUGGGUAGUGACUGCCUGUCGGGACGAGGAGGUUCGGGUAUGGAAUCGAUCUACUGGCGAACUCCACCACACAUUCUCGGGCCAUUUUGAGGAGGUUACUGGCCUGGCUCUGGUUGGGUCCACUAUUGUUAGCGUGGCCAUUGAUGGUACUAUUCGACAGUGGUCUCUCCGACCUGAUGAGCUGCAGCAGGCUGUGGAAUUGGCUAAAAAUGGCCCAAAGGAAGAGGAGGAAGCGAAUGCUGAGCCCCUGCUGACAGAAGAAGAGGAGCGGGAGUUGGCUGAGCUGAUGGGUGAUGAUUAG